UUGUUGACGCCUGUACGGACGGUACCAAUGGCGGAUGUGCACAUAUUUGUGUAAGUACGGGGAGCGGCGCCUACGUGUGCCUCUGUAACAGUGGAUACGGACUGGACGCGGACGGACACAACUGCUCGGAUAUCGAUGAGUGUACGGACUAUGGACCUUGCGAACAAAUCUGUACAAACACAGUCGGAAGUUUCCAGUGUAGCUGUAGGUCUGGGUUCACUGUGGACAGUACCACAACGAGCACGUGUAAUGAUGUAGACGAGUGUACAAACAGCAGUUUGUGUACGGGAGGACAGACCUGCGUCAACUCCUACGGGAGUUACCACUGUGUGGCAUCAGCGGCGGGAAUGGUCCCGGAAAUUCCGGGGGAGGAGGCGGCGGAGAGGGCUUCUCUGACAAUUGUUGACGCAUGCUCAGACGGCACCAAUGGCGGAUGUGAACACGUGUGUGCCACCACUAGGAAUGGCGCCUAUGCUUGUUUGUGUCACGUGGGAUACAGACUGGCCAGUAACGGACACAACUGUACGGACGUGGACGAGUGUACGGAACUACGGCUGUGUGACCAGACGUGUAUCAACUCCCCCGGGACGUACACGUGCGGCUGUCGGGAGGGGUACCUACUGGACACGGACAAUGUCACGUGUAACGCUAUUGACGCAUGCUCAGACGGUACCAAUGGCGGAUGUGAACACGUGUGUGUUACAAACAAGAAUGGCGCCUACGACUGUUUAUGUCACGUGGGAUACAGACUGGCCAGUAACGGACACAACUGUACGGACGUGGACGAGUGUACGGAACUACGGCUGUGUGACCAGACGUGUAUCAACUCCCCCGGGACGUACACGUGCGGCUGUCGGGAGGGGUACAUACUUGACACAGACAAUGUCACGUGUAACGAUAUGAACGAAUGUAACGAUUCUUCCGCCUGUCCGGAACCGGAAGUGGGCGUGUCUAUAUGUAUAAACACUUACGGUUCUUACUAUUGUCUGAUAUUUAACGAGAAGUCAUCUGUAGUACAUGAGGAACAACUCCUGUCAGACCAAAGCGAACAUCAGCCUCCAUUUUAUGACGAUGAGCAUUAUCCGCUUGAACAAGAAGAUUACGACGUUAAUGGAGAUCGGAUUCUUGGAAAGAAAAGUAGGUCAGUGGGUGAAUAUACCACGAGAAGGUACCAGUUUUCUACUCCGGAUGUUGGAGAAUACCCUCAACCUCACAACAAUGGUGAUCUAAAAAUAGUCAUUGGUUUUCUUGCUGGAGCGCUGUGUAUUACGCUAAUUGUUAUCAUCGGCAUUGUG